UAUUAGGCAUUCCAAACAAAUGAAUUACCAGUGGGCAGGUUUGGUAUAUCUAAGGGUGGCGACAUAUGGUGUAUUCUAUCUACUUUACGUAAAAUCUUGAAUAAUGGAUAACAUUUAAAUAUUUUAUGUCAAACACAAUAAAAAUAAUAUUUAAAAAACCCACCUAUACAUUUCUUCAUAAAUUGGCAGGCUUGGCGACUACUACUUCGAAUAAAAAUAGCGUCCAAGUUGCAAGAUUAUGUCGCUACCCCCUUAGAUAUACAAGAAUUUCCCACUGGCACCUAUUGUUUGACAGGUCGUUGGAAUGCCUAAUUCCUCCAUGGGUUUGUGUUUAUGUGUGAGAAACUUAACCAAACUUAACCAAUGAAUCCAAAGAUAUGAAUUUUAUCUUCAAAUUAUUGUAAUAAUGAAAAUAGGAAAAAUUUAUUUAAUUUCUCAAAACUAUAAUAAAAUUAAUAAGCGGCUGCUAUCGAAAUUACACCCAAAAACAAAUGAUAUUGUAUUACUUAAUAAAUCUUACCUGAAAGAUGAAUAUUCCAACGUAACACAGAAAGUGUCUGGAUUUUUAGGAAGAAAUAUUUUCUUACAACCUUCCCACCCUCUCAGUUUAGUAAGACAACGAAUAGUUAAUCAUUUUUAUAAGUCAUUUGUGACCCGACGAGGAAAUCCCGUAUUUUCUGUGCAUGAUAAUUUACAACCAAUUGUGAAUACAACUCAAAAUUUUGAUAGUUUACUAAUUCCAGAAAAUCACCCUUCCAGAAGUAAAAGUGACUGCUAUUAUAUUAAUAAGAAUUAUUUACUUCGAGCACAUAUGACUGCACACCAGAGUGAGUUGAUUCAAUCUGGACUCAACAAUUUUUUAAUAAUUGGAGAUGUGUAUAGACGAGAUGAAAUUGAUAGAACCCAUUAUCCUGUAUUUCAUCAAGUAGAUGCUGUUCGAUUAUUAUCUAGAGAACAGUUAUUUUCCAAAGAUGAUAAUUUAAAUAUAUUUGAAGAAGGAAAUAAUACUGCUUUUACAGGAAAUCAGGAAAAACAAGCUUGUCAUUCUCUAGAAGCAGUAAAGCUUAUAGAAUAUGAGUUAAAACAAACACUACAUGGCCUUGCCAAAGAAUUAUUUGGAGAUCAUGUAAAAUACAGAUGGGUAGAUACUACUUUUCCUUUCACUCAGCCAUCUUGGGAACUAGAAAUUUAUCAUGUUAGUGAAUGGAUUGAAGUACUUGGCUGUGGAAUCAUGCAGCAGGCCAUUUUAAAUAAUGCUGGUGUAAAUAAUAAAAUUGGCUGGGCAUUUGGCUUAGGAUUAGAAAGGCUGGCAAUGUGUUUAUAUAAGAUACCAGAUAUCCGUUUAUUCUGGUCAAAUGACAGCGGGUUCCUUAAUCAGUUUAAAAGUAAAAAUCCUAAUGAUAGCAUUACUUACAUACCAAUAAGUCAAUAUCCCCAAUGUAAAAAUGAUUUAAGUUUUUGGAUACCAACUACUGGACAUUUUUCUAGCAAUGAUUUUUAUGAUUUGGCUAGAAAUAUUGCUGGAGAUCUUAUUGAACAAAUACAAUUAAUUGAUGAAUUUACUCAUCCAAAAAAUGGAAAAAUUAGUCAUUGCUACAGGAUUACUUAUAGGCACAUGGAAAAAACUUUGACACAAGAUGAAGUGAACAUGAUUCAUAAAAAAAUAGAGGAGAGUGUCAAAGAAAUGGGAGGAACCAUUAGAUAAGCUCUAAAUAUGUACAUAAAUCUAUUAUUGAAUAAAAGUAUUUUAAAUUU